CGUGUAGGUUUGAAAUGCUGUAAAUUUUAAGUGCAGUGACAGAUGUUAGGGACAUUAGUUAUUUCUGUGCCCCGGGGCCUGGUGCUUAUGGCCAUGUGAGUGCCCGGCGGAACACGUGUAAUGUACCGGGGGUGGAGCCAGGAGGGCAAUACGGGGAGCUCACAGUAGCAGGUCUGUCUGUAGAAAGGAAGGAGAUCUAUUGCUAGAGUGUGUGACUAAUAGUUCUAUAUUAAGCAUGAAGAAUACAGAGAAUAUCUUGACCUCAGAAAACAAUAUGGCGACUCCAUGGGAGCGGUUUGAGUUUGAUGAAGUUGCUGUUUACUUCUACAAGGAGGAGUGGGAUUGUCUAAAGCAAGAGGAGAAGGAACUCUAUAGGAAUGUAACGAUGGAUAAUUAUCAGAUGCUCCGAUCGCUGGGUUGUGUUAAUAUGAAGCCGGCAGUCAUAGCGAUGAUUGAACAAGAAGAAGAACCAUAUGUCAGAGGUCAUGAUCAACCCCAGAAAACAAAUCCUAAAAGUACCACAAAAGAAGGUUCCAGUUACCGAAAAAUCUAUGAAGACCAUUCUGUUUCCCUUAGUGCAACUGAUUCUUUGAUGGAAGACAUCCAUUUUCUCAAGCAUAGUAAAGACACAACUAACAUUAACAUAAAUAAGGUCCCAAGGGUUAUGAACUUUGAGAAUGCGAGAAAAGAAAAUAUGACCAAUAAGGGGUGUUUCCAGAAAACGGCUCACGCAAAGGAAAUUAAUAAAAAGAUAUCUGUAACGGUGCAUAAGUGCCGAGCUUGUGAUGAAUGUUUUACUGAGAAAUCGCUUUAUUUAUCUCACAAACUAACACAUGCCAAAAACAGACAGUAUAACUGUUCAGAUUGUCCGGAAUAUUUUAAUUGCAAAUCAGACCAUGUUAAACACCAGGCAAUUCACAAAGUAGAGAAUAAUGUAUCUUGUUCUGAAUGUAGCAAACGUUUUAACAGUAAAUCAGCUCUUAUAAGCCACCAGAGGAAGCAUACAGGAAAAAAACAAUUUGCGUGCAUAGAAUGUGGGAGGAGCUUUUCUCUAAAGUCAAGUUUAAUUGUGCAUGAGCGAAGUCAUACUGGUGAGAAACCAUUUGCGUGUUCUGAAUGUGAUAAAUGUUUCAGCACAAAGUUUAUACUUACAAGACAUCUAAAAAUUCAUACAGGUGUAAAUCGGAUCUCAUUUCCUGAACAGCCCUACUCAUGUUCUGAAUGUAGUCUGUGUUUCAGAACAAAGCCAGAGCUUGCUAGCCACAAGGCGAUCCAUACGGGAAUGCAAAAAGCCUUGUGUUUGGAAUGUGGGAAAUGCUUAAGCAGUAAAGCUAAACUUUUACAGCAUCAGAGGAUUCAUACAGGAGAGAAACCAUUUGAAUGUCCUGAAUGCAAAAAGUGUUUUAGACAACUGACUAUGCUUAAACAGCAUAUUAUGAUACAUACUGGAGAGAAGCCUUUUACAUGUGCUGAAUGCAACAAGGGAUUUAUACGAAAGACAAUGCUUAUUAGACACCAGAAGGUUCACACAGGAGAAAAGGAGUUUGUUUGCUUAGAAUGUGGAAAAAGAUUCCCUGAAAAGGCAAAGCUUUUAAGACACCAAAGGCUUCAUACAGGAGAGAAUCCAUUUGUUUGCCCUGAGUGUGGGAAAUGUUUUAGAUGGGAUUACCAGCUUAAUAAUCAUCAACUUUGUCAUAUUGGAAAGUUUGCUUGAGCUGAUUAAACAUGAAACGAUUCACUUAAAGAAGAAGCCAUUUGCUUUACAAGAAUAAUGGAAAUGUUUUUCUCAGAAAGCUUACUGGGUUAUUCAUUAGAAGAUUUACACAGGGGAGAAACCAUUAUCAUGUCCUGAAUUUGGAAAAUGUUUUGUUUUGUGUGUUUU